AUGCGCGCCACAGGCUCUCUUCCCAGUCUCCUGACGACAGCCCUCCUGGCUAGCCGCGCCGUUGGCUGGCGCAUUCCCAGUCUCCAACAUGCCGCAGACGACGAAGAUGACGAUACGCCUCUCCCCGUCGUCAUCUGGCACGGCCUCGGCGACGCCUUCAAUGCCGAUGGAAUCAAAGGAGUAGGCGAGCUCGCAGACAAGAUUCACCCCGGCACUUUCGCCUACGCCAUCGCCCUCGGCACAGAUGCCAACUCGGAUCGCUCAGCGACCUUCUUCGGCAACGUCACCGAACAAAUUGAAGCCGUGUGCGCCGCCCUCGCCGAGCAUCCAAUUCUCUCCACGGCCCCUGCCAUCGACGCCAUCGGCUUCUCCCAAGGUGGCCAGUUCCUACGCGGCUACGUCGAGCGCUGCAACAAUCCCCCCAUCCGCAGCCUCGUCACUUUCGGCAGCCAGCACAACGGCAUCAAUGAGUUCAAAACAUGCGGCAACACCGACCUGCUCUGCAAGGGUGCCAUGGCCCUGCUGAGAUUCAACACUUGGAGCAACUUUGUCCAGAGCCGCCUGGUGCCCGCGCAGUACUACCGCGACCUCACAGACUACGACUCGUAUCUCCAAGGCUCAAACUUCUUGGCCGACAUCAACAACGAGCGCGAGCUCAAGAACGAGCAGUACAAGAAGAACAUUGCCAGCCUGACAAACUUUGUCAUGUACAUGUUUGAGGACGACACCACCGCCAUUCCUAAGCAGUCUUCCUGGUUCGCCGAAGUCAACGGCACCGAGGUUACGCCCCUGCGAGAGCAGACGCAGUACAAGGAGGACUGGAUUGGCCUGCGCCAGCUGGACGAGAAGGGCGGGCUGCGAUUCCGAUCCAUCACAGGCGAGCACAUGCAGAUUUCUGAGGAGGUCUUGAAGGAGGUUAUGACUGAAUUCUUUGGCCCCAUGAACAAGACGUUUCCCCCGGAGAAGGAUGCCGACUUGAGCCAGGGGGAGCUGUGA